AUGGAUAUUCUUAUUGCUGUACGGUUUGUUGUUCGAGCGUGGAGCGAGGUAUCACCAACAACGAUACAUAAUUGUUUUCGACACACAGGAAUUCUUCCAAUUUAUAAUAAUAAUGAGGAACUCACCAUUAACGACAAUGAUAACGACUUGACGGAAGAACUACGUGCAGAUGUUGAGUCACUUCACCUCCGGAACGAGAUGAAUAUCGAGGAAUAUAUUAAUUAUCCGGAAGAAAGGAGUACAGAAGAAGUACUAACCGACCAGGAAAUUUUGGACCUAGUCACAUACCAGGAAGCUGAGAAGGCUGAAAGCGAAGAAGAGGAGAUUGAUGACAGUAUAGAGAUGCGAAAGAUUACUCGCACAGAGGUACUGGAUGCUUUAGAGUUGAUGGACCAAUAUUUUGUACAGCAGGACUUCAGCAAUGCUAUCAGAUUGGAAUAUGACACCGCAUUAUCAAAAUUGCAUAAGGUCAUAAGAAAGCAUCAAAACGAUUCCUUGAAACAAAUGAGCAUUGAAGCCUUUUUGGAGUGA